UUCGUAUUUCGUAUCAUAUUAUAUUAUUGACUGGACAUGAUAUCACUGAAUUCAUUUACAAGUCACGAUCGUAACCGACUAGUAUCCUGUGUCGUGAGCGAUUAGUAAUUACAAACUUAGCUAUUUUUUUUAGAUUACAGAAAUUUGAAAGAUAGCAGUAAACAGGACGAGUGAACCAUGUGGGGGAUAUUUCUAUAUAUUUUGGAUCUGGUGGGCCUCAGCCCGAUUCCAUUUCUGGCAGAAUUAAUUGGGACUACGGCACCUGCUCUAAAACUACUUAUAUCGAUCCUAAUGGGAUAUCCAAUAGCAAUACUUUAUCAUCACCAUAUCAAAGAUUUCUUCGACUACCGAAACAUAUACUUCAUUGUUUGUGGAGUAGAUAUGGCAUUUUUCAAUUUUGGAAUAUCAAUGUACCAUAAUAUGAUUCCCGCAAUUGUUAUUUACAUGACCACAAAGUUUUUGGGAGCUGGAAAAAUGAAUGCAGUGAUAACAUUUGUAUUUAAUAUGGGCUAUCUUCUUAUUGGUUACAUUGUCACAGAGUCUGAAGAUUAUGAUAUAACAUGGACCAUGCCUCACUGUGUUUUGACAUUGAAACUGAUGGCUCUGUCCUUUGAUUUAUGGGAUGGAAAGAAAAUGAUCAAAGGCGAGACUCUCUCAGAGAACAAUAAGAAGACUGCUUUAUUAAGAGCUCCAUCUUUUGUAGAAUUGAUUGGCUUUGUUUACUUUCCUGCCUGCUUCUUAGUUGGACCUAUAUUUUCGUUCCGGCGAUAUAUUGACUUUGUAAUGGACAAGUUUCCUGUUGAGAAAGAAGCAAAGGUGUACGAGAAACAGGCAUUAAGGAGAUUGCUUCAGGGUUUGGGGUAUUUGAUUGCUUUUCAAGUGGGAGUUUACGUAUUCAAUGUGAAAUACAUGCUAUCUGAUGAUUUCUGGGAGACUUCGAUCUUCUACCGGCACUUCUAUUGUGGCAUGUGGGCACACUUUGCUCUCUAUAAGUACAUCUCUUGCUGGCUACUCACUGAAGCGUCUUGCAUCAGAUUCGGGAUGUCUUACAACGGCGUCGAGACCACACCGGAAGGUAAGACGAUCUCCAAAUGGGACGGAUGUAACAACAUCAAGCUAUUGAGAUUCGAGGGGGCCACAAAGUUCCAGCACUACAUCGACAGCUUCAAUUGCAACACGAACCACUUCGCUGCCGAGUACAUUUAUAAACGACUGAAAUUCCUAGGAAACCGCAACCUCAGUCAGUUCUUUACGCUUCUGUUCCUCGCUCUGUGGCACGGAACCAGGUCCGGCUAUUACAUGACCUUCUUCAACGAAUUUCUGAUAAUGCUCAUGGAGAAAGAACUGGAACCAAUUAUUUCUAAAACGGAGCUUUACAACAAACUGUGGUCUCACAAUGUAACCAAGUACAUGCUCUAUGGCUUAUUGAAAAUGUAUACAAUUGUAUUUAUGGGCUGGAGUCUUGCUCCAUUCGAUCUGAAGGCCUUCUCGAAAUGGUGGGGAGUUUACUCGAGUUUAUAUUACUCAGGAUUUGUUCUUUUCUUACCGUGGGCCAUUUUGUAUAAGCCCCUCUUAAAAAUGGCUAUCAAGGCUUCCAGCGUCCGUCGCGUUAGAGCUGAUUAAGAAUAGAUUAAAUUAUCAAUAAUGUUUAACUACAAAUAACGGCAGUAGAUCCCCGUAGAUUAAGGUUCCUUAAACUUUCAGUGGCCGGUUAAUAAAUAACCAGGAAUUUUUUUCUAAUGCAAACAAAGAUUUCAAAAAUAUUGCAUUUUUAUGAUAUCGUGCGCAUUCGAUAACCUUAGCCAGUAGAUAGGUACUCACAGUGGUCAGUCUUACAAGCGGGUUUGUUACCAAAGAGGUUUGAGAUCCAAAAAAAUGUUUUAUUAUAAAUAUUCACGAGUUGUUUUUAUGAGAAAUAAAUGAAUAUACAGCGCCUGCUUCAAAACGCUGUACGCAAAUUGUAAUGACAAGCGCUGGUCGUGGCCAUCUUCCGCCUAGACUUCCGAGGAAGCGGCAACGUUUUUUGGCCAGAAUUGAUUGACUUGUGAAUUUACCGCCGACAUGGUACCAGAGCUCGUAGAUGUAACACCAUGUAUUCCGCCAUCAACAUUGAAACAUGAGGUCGCAGUCUCAAGUGCAAUGGAUAAACGGCUUUCGCAAUUCUUUUAUAGUUUAUGAAUCGAUUUAAUUAGUGUAAUUUGAUGGGCACUAAAAUCAAUCGUUCCAGAAAAGUAAUUUUUUCAUUUAAGUACGAUAAUAGACGGUCACAUAACAUUCAAAACAUCAAUAUGAAUAUAUUCAGUUAAACGAGUUUUCGUAAUAUAGUCAUAUUAAACGUCCUUGACAAUGACAAUAGCUGGCAACAUUUAUUAUUUAUGCCACUUAUGAAAAAUAUUUUAUCAGAUAAAUGUAAACAAAUAUACUUUCAGUAUUACAUUUUUUUCAAUGACUGUAAAGGUCUCAAUAAUUCUUUAAAAAUGAUAAAAAACCGGAAGUUUUGGAUGGUCAUAAAAUUAUUGCAAACAAAGAUCGUGAUAUCUGGUCAGUCAGCUAGUCAAUAUGAAUAUUGCACCAUUUCGAAAAGCAACAUUAGUUUUGGUUUAUUUCAUUUAACACAAUAAGCAUGUGGAAAUGUGAAAUGUUAAUAAUUGUAAUUAUACCUCCUACUAGGCUAGUUGUUAUAAAAUAUUGCUAAAGUUUUAAAUUUGUAGAAAAUAGCUCAAGGUUCCAUCACCACCGCGAUUAGUAUGCUCAGUGCGAGUUUUUUAACGUUCUCGAUAGCGUUAAAGUUAACUCAUAUUUGUAUGGAAUGGUAUCGUUUGCCUACAUUCACCGCUAGGGGCGCUGUUUCAAGUGCAUACUAAAUUGGCUUAACUUUUACGCUAUCGAGAACGUUAGGAAACUCGCACUAAGCACACUGGUUGUCAAAUGCGCACGUAUUCUACUAAAUAAAAUUUAUAUUAGAAUCAAUUUGUCAGUGAACAUUGAUACCUAAGUUAGGUAGUAUCUUAGACUCGCAGUGGUUCCUAGGUACUCUUAGAAACUCUUACAUUAAAUGAACUUAGAUUGACGCACAACUGAGCUACUUUACUAAAGAUGUACAUUGUGCAUGCCACUUUAUUGAUUACGCUCUGUAGGUGCGUGGUUGUCAAGUUUUCCAUUGAUCUUAAGUUAUUAAAGUUUAAAUUGUAAUUAUCUAUUAUGAUAAACGUGCAAUUAAUUUGUAUUAUUUGACGUCGUAAUUUGUAAGCGUUAUUCCAAAAUAUUUAGAUCGGACAAGGGAGUAAGUAAUAAGUAAUAAAUAUUUGAGACCUUGAAUAUAAGAAGGUACCUACGAUAUGUAAUUAAAAAAUUUCUAAUUUUAAUAUUCACUUAAUCACUUUUAUCCUGCAUUUGGUUGUUAUUAGUCAUCAAAAUAUUUAUUUAUCGGAAAUCAAAUAUAUACAAAUUAUUAUAGGGUGGGUGUAAUAUAUAUGAUUAAGUUACUUUUAAAUUAUUAUCGUAGUAAGACUGAAACUACUGACCGAUAUUGCGAGUUUAAUGAAUGCAUUCAUUUGCAUUUUAUUCUUAGACCACUAACCUAUUUAAUGGGUAUGGUAUUUAAAUGGCAUUUAAAUGAGCCCACACAUUAGGUAUUUGACACUUAAUUACAAAGAUAACAAAAAAGUAACAGGAAUUCCUGAAAGUAUCUGCAGAUUGCUAUAGAUUAUAGAUUACAUAAAACAGGUGACAAAUAUACAAUUGAAAUAAAGUUUUAUUACCUUAAUCUCGGUGUUUAAUGUUAUUCACAAUAAUUGUCUACUCUGUAGUUUAACAUAUUCAUUAAUUGUAAAUAAUAUUACCUGUUUUAAAAAUAAAUAAAAGAGUAUUCGUAUAUUCUCAUAUUGAAACAUUAACAGAAUAAGGAUAUGUUUAGAUGACAGGUAGACGCGGGCCGUGCUUCAUCUUUUGAUCGGCAGACACUUUAUCGCGCUAGAAUUAUUAUUGAUACGUAAUGGAAUAUACUAGAACGGAGAUUGCAACGACAACGCACGCAAUCGGAUGUGCUAAUUUUAAGUUCUUUCAAUUUUAAUUCAGUUUUCAGACUGUAAAUCGAUGCCUCCAAUGAACACUACGCUAACUCCAAAUUCGUAGAU